GCCGAUAGACCCCACCGAAGUAGAAGAAGUAUUCGCCGAUGCUGAACUUCUGCCACGGAAAGUCUGAGAUCCAUACUGAAGUAGUACGUAUCAUCUGAGAGACCAGCGCAGAGAUGUCUUUCACACGUGAUAAACUGUCUUUGCACCUGCGCAACAGAAUGAGGGAGUUUGUCAAAAGAGUGAAAGCCACGGAGCUCAUGACCAACCUCCCCUGCCUUACACAGUCUGACAGGGAGGAGAUCCAGGCCAUGAAAAAUUGUGUCGGUAACUCAGCUGCAAUGCAGAUCCUGCUGGACUAUGUACAGAAGAGAAUGAACUGGCCAGAAGAGUUGAUAUCAGCUCUGGAGGUGGUGGAGCAUCAGGACCUGGCUGAUGAACUGAGGGCAGAGUGGACCAAGCACAACCAGACCAAUCCUUCUCCUGCUGCUCCUCCUACCAGCCCAUCUCUGCCCAUCUCAGAGAGCUCUGAUGACCCUACAUCUUCUAUGGUCCUCCCAGCUCGGCCAGCACCACCUUCAGAGUCACUCAGCCCUGAGAUUGCUGCCUGUCCAGCGGAUGGUGGCCAGCCAGUAGUCCCCACAAGUUCAGUUGCUGACGCUCCCAUCGCUGGUGCCUCCCCAGAGCCAGUUCCACAGGCUCUCGAAGCAGCAGUAAAACCUGUCACAGCCACCCAGGCAGCACCUUUGCCUGUCUCAGUGAAAGUGGAGCCCACAGUGGUCUCUGAACCACAGCCUCCACUCUCUCACUCUGAUAACGCUGCCUCCUCCCAGCCUGGUCCUGUAGCAACGGGAUCUCUGGAAGAUAACCCAUCUCAUAUAGUCCUGUUUGAAACCACUCUCACCUUGCCGGUGUCAGACCUAAACCCAGCCCUGUCCCAGACUGAAUACACCCCCACCGCUGCUGCCUCUGCCUCGGUCCAGGCCCCUGAGAAAGGUCCGGUUCAGGACGCCACUCCACCAACAGCCAAAGUGAUCUCCUUCCACCAGAGGCCAGUAGAGGACUCUGAUCCAACUGCAACUCAGGUGACUGCAGACGACCAGCACGCCGAGCCGCCUCAGAGCCCCCCCGAGAGCCAUCACUUCUCCCCGGUCACGACACCAGCCUCGUCCCCGGUGCAUACCUCCAUGGAUGAGGAUAACUGGGAGCUCAGCAAGCCUGACGUUCUCCUCAGUGAGAACCAGCCAUACUCAGGAGGCUCAUGGCUUCUGCAGAUGGAUAGCCGGUCAGUGUUGGACCCAGAGCCGGCUGCUGUGAUGAGUCCUGCUGCUGUGACCUGUCCUGCUGCUGUGACCUGUCCUGCUGCUGUGACCUGUCCUGCUGCUGUGACCUGUCCUGCUGCUGUGACGAGUCCUGCUGCUGUGACGAGUCCUGCUGCUGUGAUCCUGUCCUGCUGCUGUGAUCUGUCCUGCUGCUACCACUUGUCUAGUGUUCCAGGCCCUCUGACUAGUGUAACGCCUCUGCCAUGUCAGGAGCAUGAGGAACACGUGUCCCGAAACGAGCCUGAGGAGGACACGUACCAGGAGGUGCUGAUCAAUGUAAUUCAUGUGUCUGAGGACGCGUACAUCCAGAAUCAGGACGGCCAAACACAGAGCAUGCUGGGUAAUAAGGAUGCAGGUGUGUCUGAAACCCUCCCACCAGUUCAGAACCACAACAGCCGAUCGCAGAUCACACCUCUCUCUGGAUCUACAGAACUUGACCUGUCGUCUGGUCCGAACCGGCAGGACCAAGCUGAGGACAGUCUGGGGAAAGCAGUUAGUAAGUCUGACGACUCUCGGGAUCUGAUUAUGAUCGUUAACGGCCAAGCCGCCAGCCCCUCAACCAAACAUCCUGAUCCUCCACCUCCAGCCACUUCUCCUUCUGUCACCAUCGUCAACGGCUCCUCCACUGAUAACUGUCCUCUCCCGGAGGCUGUGGAGGCAGAGGUCAUGCUCAAGGCCAUGAUGGCUAGCGUUGUCCCUGAGCUGAAGCAGAAACAGGAGGGGGAGGGAGCCAGAAGAGGAGGGGGAUACCACUUCCUGGGGGAUACCACUUCCUGGGGUAUACCACUUCCUGGGGGAUACCACUUCCUGGGGGCUGCUGUCCUGGGUGUCUCGGCCCUGUUCGUAGCCUGGAGAAGGAAGAAUUAAGGGUUUUGGGAAAGAAGGAUGUUGUGUCUGAAGUUAGUCUGUCUGUGAUUCUAUCUCCUUGCCUCCUGAUCAGCCUUAUUGGAAGAGAGGUCCCUCUCCUCUGAUUUUCUUCUGCAAUGAGAUUUGAGAAGGUGAGGAGAGAGGAUGUGCAAAUCAAAGAGAGAUUAAUGGAGAAAUAGCUGAAUUGCUGUGAAAAGAAGGGAAGAUUGUGGUUCAAGAUUUUAAGAGAUUAUUGGCCCAGUGCUUUAUUGUGUUGUUAGUAAUGAAGGUGCUGAAAUUAAGUAUUUAUAGGUGACCGAUAGCAGCACUUAUCCAAGACUUUGAUCGACAGUCUAAAUCAAAUCAAAGUUUAUUUGUCACAUGCACUGAAUACAACAGGUGUAGACCUUACAGUGAAACGCUGAAUAGAACAGGUGUAGUAGACCUCACAGUGACAUGCUGAAUACAACAGGUGUAUGUUGGGGAAUAAUCAGAAUUAGUUGGUAACAUAGGUAAGAUGUUUUAUAUUCAUCAUAUGUUUGUAAGUUACUUCUCAUCAGAAUGUUUAUUUUUGUAUAAUACUGUGGCCGGGUUGCAGUCAUCUGUUCUCUGUCAAGACUAAGUUACUUGGGCCGCAGAGAGGGAAGAGGUCAAGCGUGUAUCUCUUGGCUCCACAAUGUCUGUGUGCCAGUCAAUGUGUCUCUGUGAUCUUGUCAAGGAGGGGUGGAUUUGAUA